UGGCUGCUUCAACUUCAGUUCCAAGUUCAAAUCUGUUCACUAAUUUUCUGAAGAAAAGAGAAGAAAACAAAAGAAACUCUUCCCUGUUUGUUUACUUUCCUUGUUACCCAGCCAUGAUACUCUGCCAAAGUUACUAGACCCAAACAAAACCUAACCCAUCUACUAUUUCUGUCAUGGAUGCGCGUAGAGCUCCACGCGCCGUUAUUGAUCCUAAGGUCCGCAGAGUCGGGUUCUUCGCCCCGCCCGACCGUCCUCAAUCGGGUCCUCCACACCCGAUCUCACUUGACGCCUCUCCCGCAGCCAACUCCCUCUCGCCGGUCAUGAUCCCACCACCGCGCCAUUUGUCGGAGAAUCUCAGCCUCCACGGCCGUCCCGCUCCGACUUCUCCAUCCAUCGAGGAAUCGGUCACUGCCGGGAGCUAUUCUAGCUCUUCGGAGUUCUUUCCCGCUCCGAUGUCUCCAGCGCCAUCCUCUUACUCGAACAGGGUGGUUGUUGACGACGGAGACUUCUUCGAGGGCGGUAAAGUGGCCUCUUCGUCUCCUCGCAGAGGGGUUGACUUGACGGGAGGGGUUGACUUGACGGCGACGAAGGCCAGUAGCGUCUUGGCCAGCGAAUUAACCACGGUGAAUGCUGAUUCUCUUGCAACUGGAGAGAGAGAGAGAACAGACAAGGGAGGAGGAUCGACCAUGGAAGUGAAAGACCAAGCUCUGAAUACUAAACUGAAGAAAGAAAAGACCUCAAAAGCUGAAAGACGAGCUCUUCAAGAAGCUCAACGAGCUGCUAAGGCUGCUGCAAAAGCCGAAGGAAAUAAGGCAUCUGGAACUCUGGCUUCAGUGAAUGUAAAACCAGCUAAAGCUGCAAAGCCCCCACAAAAAGUUGAUAAUGCUUCAGUUGCAGCCUCUGAUAAGAAAGGGGUUGAUCGUUCACAAGAAAAAGAUAGAAAGAAAGAUGUUCCUCAACCGCGGAUGCAAUAUGAUGAUAAAAGCAGAGUGGAGAAAGCCAAAAGACGUGCUGUGGUAAAACAAACUGAAGCUAAGAACAGAGUUGAACUAUUCAGGCAUUUGCCACAGUAUGAACAUGGGAGUCAGCUACCAGAUCUUGAGGCAAAGUUUUUCCACCUUGGCCCUGUGCAUCCUGCUGUUUAUAAGGUAGGUUUGCAGUAUCUGUCUGGAGAUAUAACUGGUGGCAAUGCUCGUUGUAUUGCUAUGCUUCGAGCAUUUCAAGAGGCCAUUAAAGACUACGGGGUUCCAUCCGAGAAGACUCUGGUGAGAGACUUAACAGCAAGAUUGAGUAGUUAUGUUUCUUUUCUCAUUGAGUGUCGACCACUUUCUAUCAGUAUGGGCAAUGCAAUUAGAUUUCUCAAAAGUCGAAUUGCCAAGCUACCUUUGACGAUGUCCGAGUCAGAAUCAAAAACCUCUCUUCAAUCAGAUGUUGAGCGUUUCAUAAAUGAGAAAAUUCUACUUGCCGACAAGGUGAUAGUCAAGCAUGCUAUCACAAAAAUAAGAGAUGGUGAUGUUCUUCUUACUUAUGGGUCUUCAUCCGCAGUUGAAAUGGUACUGUUACAUGCACACGAGUUAGGUAAACAGUUUCGAGUUGUAGUGGUAGACUCUCGUCCAAGACUUAGAGGGAAACUUUUGCUUCGUAGGCUUGUGGAGAAGGGUCUUAGCUGUACAUACACUCAUAUAAAUGCUGUUUCCUACAUAAUGAAGGAAGUUACUCGAGUAUUUCUGGGUGCUUCAUCAGUGUUGUCUAAUGGGACAGUUUAUUCAGCAGUUGGGACUGCUUGUGUUGCAAUGGUUGCCCAUGCAUUUCGUGUCCCUGUUUUAGUAUGCUGUGAGGCUUAUAAAUUUCAUGAAAGGGUGCAGCAUGAUUCCAUAUGCUCAAAUGAGCUUGGUGAUCCAGACAUCAUUUCUAGGGUUCAGAGUAGAGAGGAUGUGAACCACUUGGAAGGUUGGGCCCAUACUGAAAAUCUGCAACUUCUAAAUCUGAUCUAUGAUGCAACACCUUCAGAUUACGUUUCCAUGAUAAUCACAGAUUAUGGCAUGGUCCCACCCACAAGUGUACCUGUAAUUGUAAGGGAAUAUAGCAGGGAACAGGUGUGGAUAUGAAUGCUCCAAAUGUGGAUCAUCUCAAUUCUUGUAUGCAUGCAGAGACCCAAUUUUAGCAAUAAAAGUUUUGUGAAGGCUACGAUGAUGCCAUCGUUCUGUAUCAUUAUUUUCUUAUCCAGGAAUAAUGUAACGGUCCUUUUGUUCUUUUCGAAAUUUUGGACGCUUGUCUCUGUAUUCUCCUGUCGCAGUGAAGAGUGCAGAUUGUCGCCUCUCCCGACAGAUUUUGGCCAUGCAUUCUCACUUGUAACCCCUUUUUAGCGGUCUUCAAAUUUUGAACAGUUUUGUUUUGCUGCUUCA